AUGGACCAGUAUCAACAAAUUCUCCGACUGCUUUCCAAACCUGGUAAUGAGAAAACUGCAGUUGAGCCUUCUGCAAAUACUGCCACUACUGAUGAUGUAGGUUUGACUCCUCCUAUUACUUUAUCAUGUAAUUAUGCCAAUAAACAAUGGAUAAUUGAUACUGGAGUGUCUCAUCAUAUCACGUCUGACCUUAGUCUUCUAGACAAAGUUAGAGAAGUUCAUACUAAUGGAGAUAUUACGACUUUUGAGUGCUUGUGUUAUGCUGCUUCUCCAAAAAUAGUUGAUAAAUCCUCCUCCAGGGCUAUUCCUGCAGUUUUUAUGGGGUAUUCAUCUACUCAAAAGGGGCAUGUAGUGUUUGAUGAAGAGUUAUUUCCAUUUAAGAACAUGCAAGCUUCCUCAGAACCUAUCUUUCCAGUUCUUGAUAUUACACCACCUGCUUAUGAGUGUGCAUCUGAGUCAGUAGUACCUCCUUUUGAGCCUCUUAUAGCAUCUUCUGAAGUAUCUUCAUAUCAUAGUCCAAUACCACCUCCUUCAACAGCUCCUCUCCCAGUUGUUCAAUAUCAGGUUCCUGUUGCUUCUCCUAGAAGAUCAGGCAGACAAAGUAGACUACCUCUAUGGUUACAAGACUUUGUUACUAAGCCCAAAACCAAUACUGUCUUUAUCCACCAGAAGAUCAUCUCACUUAGUCUUAUUUGUCUCCGUCUUAUUAUAGACAUGCUCUGCAUGCUUAUUAAUCUAUUUUUGAGUCUGCAUCAUUCAAAUGGGCUGCUGAUGAUCGUGAAAGCUAUGGAUCUAGAGAUCGUAGCAUUAGAAGCUAAUAAGACUUGGAGCAUUGUUAACCUCCCUCCUUGUAAAAUACCUAUUGGAUGCAGAUGGAUCUAUAAGGUCAAAUACUUGGACUUAGGAGAAGUAUAA